AUGGUGACUGCUAAUGAAGUGCAAGCAAAUAAAGAUAUCAAACGUCGUGCCGUCCUGGACCGGUUGAGCAGCACUACGCUGAGCGAGGUGGGGGUAGCAAGUGCUGCCAGCGGGCUGCUGCCUGCGCCGCUGGACGUAGCGCCCUUCUCCUCAGUGGCCGCCAACGCCACGUGUGGCCAGCGCGGCGCGGAGGAGUUUUGCAGGGACAUGCCGGGGAAACGCGGGGUGGUAUGCGACGUGUGUGGAGGACCAGAAGGAUCGUCUCCGCGGCAGCACCCUGCCUCCAUGGCAGUGGACGGUGACCCCGACACCUGGUGGCAAAGUCCAGUCAUCACUGAAAAUGGCGAAUACCAGCACGUGGGAUUGGUGGCUACUCUACCUGGUAAAAUGGAGCUCCUUCACGUAAUCAUCAAGUCGGGCCCAUCGCCAAGGCCGCUAGCCUGGUCUCUCGAGGUUUCGUCAACAGAAAAUGGUGACGACUGGCGAAUGGUCCGAGCGUUCGGAGAUCGCGACCAUUGCCGGAAACUCUGGGACCUCAGACCUGAGAGGAGAAGGCGGAAAGCAAGGGGAGCAAAAAGGACCAGUAGAGCCGAGAAACCAUCUUGCUCCACACAGUUUACAAGUCCACGACCUUUGGAAAAUGGAGAGAUGCACGUCAGCACUGGAGAAGGAGUACCAGCAAGGCGAGUGAGAGUGUCAUUCCGUGCGGCACACUCCUCGACAAGGCACCAGUACUACACCGUGCGGGAGUUGACACUAGCAGCGAGAUGCAUUUGCCACGGGCAUGCUGAACACUGCUCCGUGGAUCACAAGAGUGCCAAAUGCGACUGCGUGCACGGCACGUGCGGCGCGCACUGCCAGCGCUGCUGUGCGGGCGGGCCGUGGCGAGCGCACCGCGCAUGCGCCGAGCGCGAGGAGCAGGGUGCCUGCUCGUGCGGCGAGCGCGGCGCGUGCUCCUACGACGACACCGGCGCCAUCUUGUGUGUUAACUGCACUGAGAACAGAGCGGGCCCGCUUUGCGAUCGCUGUCUUAUUGGUUACUACAACGUCCUGCCAGACGACCCAUGCAUCUCUUGUGACUGCGAUCCUGAAGGAUCAGAUGGGUCAUGCAAAUGGGACCGAAAGCACCAUCAAGUCCAAUGCGACUGUCAUACCGGCUUCACUGGCGCCCUGUGCGACACGUGCGAAGGCGAGAACACCAUGUUCCCACACUGUCUGGUGGAAAUAACCACGACAGCUUGCAAAUGUGAUCCGAGGGGUAUCACAGACCCCGCAAGAGUUUGCGACGAUGUCUGUGAGUGUAAGGCAAAUGUGAUAGGCGAGAGAUGCGACGUGUGCGCGUCGGGACACUUCGGCCUCAGUUCAGAUCUACGCGAGGGAUGCCGGCCGUGCUACUGCUCUCACGUCGCAUCUCACUGUGUUGCCAACCCUGAAUCUGGAGACGACAUAUCUCUGCCACUGGGAGACGCUUGGCUCAUCAGUGACAAUGGAACCUUGGAGACGGUUGAACCAUCCGUCGAUGAACAUGGAAAACCCUUUCUUGUCAGCUACGAGGUGGAAGGCUGGGAGUCGUUUUACUUUAUGAGCACAGCAUACAACGGGGAAAGGACAGAAGCGUACGGCGGAGAGUUGAUCGCACUGAUCACGUGGGCAGUGGCGAGAGGAGAUUCCGGAGGCAGCGCUACACUAAUGCCGGAUUACGUUCUUGUGGCUAAUGAUGGCACCAGAGUAUCGUUCGGCAACACAAGCUACGAGACUCCGGGGUCGAUGGAACUCAAGGCACCGCUGGUGGAAGGCAGCUGGUACUCCGGUUCCGAGUUCGUUUCCCGAGCACGGCUUCUAGAUGUACUCAGCAACUUAAAGGCUAUCAUGAUACGUGCACACUUCCAUUUUGAUCAGGACGAGGUACGAUUAGACAGCGUACAACUAACGGGUGCCCCAAGCAAUAGCCGUGAAAUCUGCACGUGCCCCGCGGGAUACGUCGGUGGCCAAUGCACGGCGUGCUCGUGGACGCACGUGAGGUUGCUGCGUGCGCCGGGGAGCACGCCGGCGUUCGAGUGCGUGCCGUGCGCCUGCAACCUGCACGCGCGCUGCGAGGCAGUGGAUGGGCCAUGUGGAACGUGUCAGCACAAUACUACGGGGCCACACUGUGAAAGAUGUCUGCCGGGACACUAUGGAAAUCCAGUACAGGGUGCUUGCAAGCCCUGCGCAUGCCCGCUGUACGAGGCUUCCAACAACUUCAGUCCGAACUGCGCUCUCGCGUCAGCUGAAGGUGAUGAGUUCGUGUGCACACAAUGUCCGGAUGGCUAUACCGGUGACCGCUGCGAACUCUGUGACUCGGGCUAUUGGGGGUCACCAACUACGCUAGGUGGAUCCUGCAAGCUUUGCGAGUGUGGCGGUGGACCUUGCCACGCAGACAGCGGAAACUGCCUCGUGUGCCCGCCACAUACUGAAGGAGAACGUUGUGAUCAGUGCCAAGAAGGUUACUGGGCAGGCGGUGCGAAUAGUUCGUGUAUCGAGUGUGCGUGCGGCCAUGGUGCUCUGUCAGCGGCUUGCGACGCCCGCUCGGGACAAUGUGCCUGUGGCCCUGGAUGGACUAGCCGUGCCUGUGACAUGUGUGCUGAAGGAUUUGGUGGUGUAGAGGAAGGUUGCCCUUCGUGCUCGUGCGGUGAAGCGGCCGUCGACGGAGACUGUGAUGCCACUUCUGGAGACUGCACUUGCGCGCUCGGCGCGGCGCCCCCGCGGUGUCUGGACUGCCUCACCGGCUACUACGAGCUGACGCGCGCUGGCUGCUUGGGGUGCAACUGUUCGUCUGUGGGCGCAGAAAGCAACGCGUGUGACAUCCGCACGGGACAGUGCCGCUGUCGACCGCACGUCACCGGCCGAGCCUGCGACACCUGUGAGGAAGGUUACUGGGGCCUGGAGCAAGGCGGCUGUCGGCGUUGCGAGUGCGGCGCAGGCGCGUCAGCCUGCGAUCCCGUCACGGGCCUAUGCGCCUGCGCAGUGGGUGUAGGCGGACCGCGCUGCGACCGUUGCCUACCCGGAUACUACGGAUAUGGACCCACGGGCUGCUUACCGUGCCCCACCUGCACAGACGGGCGAGUAUGCUCGCCGAUCACAGGACGCUGCGUGUGCCCCACUCGGACCCGCGGGCCGGGGUGCCAGCACUGCGCCCGAGGGUUCUGGGGACGAGCGGCCGGCUGCCGGCCGUGUGCUUGCGGCCCGGGCGCUCUGACUGAUAGUUGCGACGCAAUCUCCGGGAAAUGCGAGUGCCGAGCUGGUUGGACGGGUCGAGAGUGCUCGCGCUGUACCGCGGGCCACUUUGGGCCGCGAUGUCGACCCUGUGGCUGCAAUAUUGCUGGCACAAGAGGCUGUGAACAGGGCUUGUGCGCUUGCGACCAGACCGGGCAGUGUCCGUGCAAGGAGAACGUUGUAGGCGAGAAAUGUGACGAAUGCUUAGACGGGACAUUCGGUCUGUCAGAAACCAACCCUGUGGGCUGCACAGCAUGCUUCUGCUUCGGUCGAAGCGCCAAAUGCACGCAGGCAGAAGUGACGCGAGCAGCGUUGCAUGCCGCUACUCCAUUACACCUGAAGGUUCUGAGAGGAGAUAUGGUCAACACUGCUACAAUGGACAUAGAUUCACCAUUCGCAGUCCGCACUAGUCUCCAAGAAGCCACGAUACCCCUGCCCUGGCCACCUGCACCAGUGUAUGCUGAGCUCAGCGAGCUGUUCCUGGGUGACCACGUGUUGUCAUAUGGAGGAGCCUUGCGUUUCCAAGUGGAAGAAGAGGGUGGUGAAGCGCUGCCACAGCAUGUGCUGAUGAGGUUUCCGCUCGUCAGCAUUUAUGGGAAUAACAUUAUACUGGACUACUAUGAGCGUAUGCCAGCAGUCAACGGUUCUCAUGCAGUCUACCUACACGAGUCGCUAUGGGAAGUCCGACCGAGGGCCGGUGAUCGCGUUCGGACAAGAGGGCCUAUUGUCGCAUCAAGAUCAGCUCUGAUGUUGGGCUUAAUUGAUGUACAACGAUUACUUUUACGAUUGAGUACCCGAGCGCCUCUUACUAUGGAACCUCUACAUGUAUUGUUACUUAACGUGUCCCUAGAAACAGCAAUAGCAGGCCUGACUCGUGGGGCCCCAGCUCCUGGAGUAGAACGUUGCUUAUGUCCCCGAGGGUACGAUGCAGCCUCGUGUCACCGACCUGCCACUGGUUUCUGGAUGCCGCCCUCCCCUCCUCAACUGCACCAUAUAGGAGGAACUAUCGUGAUUAACGUAGAAGGCACUGCGAAGCCCUGCGAGUGUAAUAACAGGGCAAUUGAGUGUCAUCCACGCACUGGGCAUUGUUUGAAUUGCACGCACAACACUGGAGGUCCGAAGUGUGAACGGUGUGCAGAAGGGUACUACGGGUCCCCGGAACUUGGCUGCGAGCCGUGCCCGUGCCCGGCGCGGGACCGUCCGCGGGCCACUUCAUGCGCGGUGGCGCACGGACGUCUCAGGUGUUAUUGCAAGAUUGGUUACACCGGCCCAACUUGCGAGUCAUGUGCGAGCGGCUUCCGACCGCAGGGCGACCAGUGCGUGCCUUGUGAGUGCGACACACGCGGCGCCGUGUCCCUGCGAUGUGACGCCCAGGCGCGCUGCCAUUGCAGAUCGUUCGCUACGGGGGACAAGUGUCAAACGUGCGCCAUGAGACGGCAUUACUUGGACGAGGAUGGAUGUAAACCUUGCGACAAUUGCACACAAACACUAUUAGACACAGUCGAGAGCCUCACCAGCGACUUGCACUUACGAGUAGAUCCAACAGAGCUAAGCAGAAUACCACAACCAUUUCCCGCUUUACGGGAGUUUGCCCACAACGCUUCUGUAUUGAAAAUCUCACUCCAACACGAAAAAAGAAAGCUAGAGAAUUCUAAACAUCUGGAAACAUCAGUUGGUAAAUUGGAGGCAUCAGAACACGAGUUAUUUACAAUAGCCAACCGAGUGAAAACAGAAGCUGCUAGAAGAGAAAAUGAGGCUCAUUCUUUGAGUUUAGAAAGUAUGAGUGGUUUGGAAGAAGUUUUAAAACACCGAGGCAUUAUUGGUGAACAAGUUGCAGUGUUAGACGAUUUCGCUAGAGGAGAAAAACAUUUAAGCGCACACAGAGCUUUGAAGGAAGCACGCCACUUAUUGAAAUCUAUAAAAGAAUUGAGUUUGAUUGGCGCCAUUGCUAGAGCCACAGAUAUAUCCGAUUUGGCAAACAUGCAAUCGACGUCAAUUCAAGAAUUCAAUUAUCGAAUAGAUGAUGAGUUGAAAAGGAUUCACCAGCUUGAGUCAAGUCUUGGGGAGUGGGAAAUGAAGGCAGAAGACAUUCCUCGACUUGCUGAGACUGUCUGGAACGCAGGAGAUGUCGUAGUUGAACUGAAAAGACGAGUUUUGCCAAAAUUGGCUGCUGUCAAAGAUGUGGGACUGCGGUGUCGACUUGCUUUAGAGGACAUCUCAAAGCUUGCUAUUCAAAAUCUUACCGAUGAAACGAGAUCCGGACUUCUGCAUACACAAAACUUGGCUGUGGGAUUCCCAGCGAUCCUAGCUGAACUACAGAAUCUCACAGCGGCAGCUGAGGAAAAGGAAGGCAUCCUGUAUAAUCUAACGCCAAAAUAUAAGGAAAAGUACUUGGAUACGGUUCUGAAGCAUGUAGCGGUGCUAGGAGAAAAGGCGAAAGAGUACAAAAAUUUGUUCGCGGGCACGCGCGCCGUGGCGUCGGCGGGCGUGCAGGCGGCGCGGGCCUGGGCUGAAGUGGCCGAAAGGGUUCGCGACGCCGCCGCCGCCGCCGACGCUGCAACGGCCGCCGCGGAUUUGGCGGCCAAACUCUCUAGAGGACCGCAGCCGCUGCUAGCUACAGCUGACGAAGAGAAGUCCACCUCGGAAAUGUUGAAGAGGCGGGGGACGGAGGUUCUUUCCAAAGCUGAUGAACUUCGCCGCCAACUGGAGACCGCGCAACGCGGCACCGACGCGGUCAGCCUGGGGCUCCGAGCGCUCGGGUGGCGGGAGAGAGCGCUCGCGAGCGGCGCAGAGAGCGGGGCGGCGAGCGGCGCCGGGAACCACGCCGUGCCCACGCUGCGCCUCGCGGCCGCGCAGGCCGAGCGCGUGUUCGCCAGCACGCGCGCGCUCUACGACGAGGCCGCGGAAACCAGGCGGAAAGUGCGCUACCAGUUGCGGCGGAACCUGGCUGCUUUACAGAGACUGGGCGACACGGCGCUGGGAGCUGCCGAGGAACAUGUGUCCCAGAUCCGCGGCAACGCGCUGCGAGGGACGGAGGUGGCGGAAGCGCUCGCAGCGGCUGCAGCGGCCAGGGCUAAGGAGCACCAAACCGCCGCAGCGUCGCUGAACCCAGCGCUUCAAGCGCUGAGGGAGCAAAUACAACGCGCCAAGCACGCGGCGUCUUCUAUAUCGGUGUCAGUAACAUCGCCCCCAGGGGAUGCGGGUGUGGGGUGCGCUCGUGCGUACUCCGCCUGGACAGGGCCUGCCGCAACGCGUGCUAUACUAGCUUUGAGCUUCGAAACUAUUGUGCAUGAUGGCACACUACUAUAUUUGCCUGAUUGGAUACAGGAGGACUCUGAACGGUUCAUGCGUCUGGUGGUUGAAAAUGGAAGGCUUAAGCUGAGAUGGAAUGUAGGUGGUGGUGAAGGCGUUGUUGAGCAUCCUGAAAUACUCCAGCCAACACUUGACGAUGCUGAUCAUACAACCUACAGUCUGCAUAUAGAGAGGGUAUGGGGCACUGUCAAACUGCGUGUCGAACGCGUGGGACAACCGGUCAUUACGUCGUCCAACAGCACAGUGGUUACUCCAGGGUCAGGGCUUCUCCGACCGGCAUUGUGGUGGCUUGGAGAGACGGGUGCUCCGCUGCCAGCCUGUGUUCACUCGUUGCAUGCUGAUCAUGGAGCGAUAGGGUUGUGGGCUUUUGCAAAGCAGCCACCUACAGCAAAGUGUAUUGGCUGCACGCAGAGAUGGUAUAGUAACUCCCGAGGAACGGAAGGUAUGGUCUGGCUGGGUGGUUCAGGCUACGUAGCUUUGCGUCGCUCCCGCCGCCCGUCGGACCGACGUCGAUUCAGCCUUGCACUAACGUUCCGCACUACUGACACUGAUGCGUUACUCUUCCUCGCUCAUGAUAAGGCUAAUAAUCGUUCGGUGUCUGUAUGGGUGCGUUCUUGCCGCGUGGUGUUCUUGGUGCAGUACUCGGAAUCAAGGCUUGAAAUAACGGCAGGCGGGCGACACUGUGAUGGCCGUCCAGCUCAUCUUCAGGCUACGAGGGUUUUCAAUGGCCUUGAGAGAGGCAGUCUGCGCGUGAACGGCGAGGAAACCCUCGGGUCUCCUUCCCCGCCGGUCCAAUCUGCAGCGUCUCUACCAGAACUCUCGAGCUCUACCUACUGGGUCGGAGGGCUGCCUCCAGAAGGCGAAGGCCUUGGAUACGAGUCCCUGCCAUUACUGGGCUGUGUUGGUGGCAUCAUGGUGGAUAGGGAGGGCUAUGAUUUGAUGGAUACUUCCACCAGACAUGGAGUUGAAUCGGGAUGUGCUGCUAGACCACUCCGCUCUGCAGUAUCUGAAGGAUCGGGUUUCAUUGAGCUCGCGUCUCCUGUGAUUCGCCGCAAGACCUCGGUGGGCAUAUCAUUUUUGGCCCGCUCCCCCUCCGGACUUCUACUGUACAGAGCUCCGACCAUCGCGGUUGAUGACAAUGAGGUUGAAGAAGAGGACGGAGACGACCAUCAUUACCUCGUUUUAGCUCUUGUAAAUGGUGAGCUGGAACUAACGGCUAACGCGGGAAAAGGAGAGUUAAGACUACAACUUAACGGCACUAAGCUGGACGAUGGAGUUUUGCAUACUGUUCGACUGGUACGAGCACAUAAACAGGUGGAAGUGUGGGUAGAUGAGAAGCGAUUGGGGAGUGGAGCACUGGCGGGCGGUGCGUUUGCGGCGCGGAACCGUGGCCUUUAUUUAGGAGGUGUCCCUCCUACGCACUCAUCGGGAUUGCAACUCCCCGCUCAAGCCUUUACUGGCACUUUGGCUGACCUUAUUGUCGACUCUACGUGGAUAGGUCUGGAGACUAGCGUCCGUCGAGCCGGAGUGAGGUUGGCUCGAGCCGACGGCGAGCUGCGGGAUGCGCGCAACGAGCCAAGGGCUUUACACGCCCAACCCGAUGCAGACACUAGUUGUGCUAAGAUGGCUUCGUAUACCGUAGAGGCGGGUGCGGUGAAGUUCGGAGACGCGACUGGCAGCUAUGCUACCCUGCGGAUAGGGCGCGAAGCCAGGGACAAGGGUGCCAAGGCUGAGCUGGCUUUCACACUACAGCUGCGAACCUUUGCCAGUGAGGGACUGAUGAUGCUACUGCCUGGAUCAAAACUGAAACCGAAACAUUACACUGCACUACUCAUACGGGAAGGCCGGUUGCGGCUAGUGGUGCGCGGCCGGAGGCGACGCGAGAUCACUCUGGCUGCCACGAGAAUGGACGACGGACUAUGGCAUUCGGUAACAGCGCGGAUAUCUAAGAGUCGCAUCGUCCUGUCGAGCGCGGGCGCGGCCGCCACCGCGCGCGCGCCGCCGCACUCGCGCGCCGCGCGGCUUUACUUCGGGGGCCCACCGCCCGAGGCCCUGGUGCCGCAUGUGCCCAACUCGAUUUUACGAGUGGGCGGUUUCGUGGGCUGCAUCAGGCGUGUAACGAUAAACGGCCGCGCGGAGGACCUGGUCAGGGACUCCCGCGCGCACACGUCUGUCGGGCAAUGCUUCCCGCACAUUGAGAGAGGAGCUUAUUUCGCCGGUGACGCAUACGCAGAAUGGGCGGGAGGGUGGAACGGAGCUGGGGCGGGUAUCGAGGGCAGCGAGGGUGAAUCAGUAGAGCUGAGACUGCAGUUCCGCGCUGCCAGCGGGACGGGGGUGUUGGCAGCUGUGGCGGGGGCACUGCUGGAGUUGAAAGAUGGGACGGUGGUCAUAACGUUGGGCGGAGCGCGAGUGGAGUCCGGCUCGCGCGUGUGCGACGGGCGCUGGCACGCCGUGCGCGCGCGCGUGUCGCGGCAGAGCGUGUGGCUCGCGCUCGACGCGGCGCCCGACGAACGCGCCGCGCCCGCGCUGCUACCUGCCGCGUCUAACAGCGCUUUAGACGCCCCUCUGUACGUGGGUGGAUUGCCAGAAGGUGCAAGCGAGCUGGCAGAAGGGCGGGAGAGCUUUAAAGGCUGCAUCCGUGACGUCAUAGUGGGCGGCUCAGCUCGGGACUGGAAACACGCGCGCGCCAUCCACAACGUCCUGCUGGACUCCUGUCCCGUGGCGCAGUGACGCUACACUAAAAUAUGGACUUAGAGAAUAUUCCAGAAGUGUCUUACGUGCCACUUCUGUUGGACUCCACGUUGAAAUACCGCGCUGUAACGUGCUGCAUUCAGUUGCAUAAUCUUACAUAAAAGCAUGAACCGACAUAAUGUUAAACCACCAAUAUAUUACGAUAAUAGGUAUAAAAAUAAACUUCACAUAAUUAAGAACAUACAGAAUCCGUGUACACGACUAAUACAUCAUCAAAAACCACUCCACUUUAGAGUAGUAGGUAUACCUACUCGAACAAACUGUUAGUCAUUUUGUACCAUUUAGCAGUUGAAACUAAUUAUGUUACCUCUAAUGUUCUAAAAGUUUACCGCAAAAUGGGAAAUUGGGAAGUUUUUGAGCUAGCAACAUCAGAUGUGAAAUGAGACACAAUUCACUGCGUACAAUAAUGGCUGGAUGAGGAUUAUGUAUGUUCCUUAUUCUGUGGUAAACUUCUUAUUCCCUGUCGCCGUGCUUUGGCAGGUGGACACGUUAAUUUUAUCAGUAAUCGGGGGUAAUAAUUUUUGUCUCGCACUAAUGCAGUUAAGGACCACUUUGGGUAACAUUGCUAUAAAACAGUGCCUUUCAACGUAUGCCUGCGAAGCCACUUUAGAGGGGUCGCGAAGCUUCUAUAGUUGAGUUGCAAAAGGCUAACCUUUUCUUCUAAGGACAAUCAAUUUUAUCAAAUAAACAUGUAACAAAAAUAACUUAUGAGAUCUCGUCCACCUCAAUCAUUUGUAUCAACCAAUUUCUCGUCGAUCCGUGUUUGCUACAUUGAGAAUUUAAUCGUUUUCCGAUUUUAAGCGAUUUCUUUCAACUAAUUAUUAUGAAAAUGAAUAAAUAUGCUGGAUUGAAUAUAAAAAACUAAUAACGAAAUAAAAUACCUGAAAAAAAGCAACAACAUCUGGGUGGAUUGCGAAAUAUUACUUACUAAAGGGGCCGUGUCAUGAAAAAGGUUGAAAAGCCUAGACCGCUGCUCUAGAACGAGACAGUCAGUUGUUUUUCUGUACCCAAAGUUAAAGGUUUGGAAAUUAAAUGUCAACAUUAUUUGAUAAGCAAACGAGGCUAUGUCUAGAGGCUGAUAACGUAUGUGUUAUUGUUUAUAGUGAGUCAACUAGCUGUCCUUUUGACUGGUAGGUCCCGGGUUCAAACGCCGGCCGGGGCAACUUGGCAAUUUAUAAUU